AUGUCGCAGAUUGGCGCGAAGAUAAUCGACAUGGAGCACACCCGAGUGGCGAAGAUACUCGAACUCGUCCUGGAGUUAUCCGCUGAGAGUGUCGCUCCCGUGUCCGACACCGCCGUGGCCAUGGCCACCGCUGGUUCUGCGCGCGCGCGCAAGCGCGCCGUGUCCCGUGUCGCUGAGGCUCUCGCUGCCGAUUCCGACGAGGCCGAUGGCUCGGAGCGCUCCAACCCUGAGGAGAACGACGACGAGCUUUUCCAGGAUGCUCGGCAGCGCGGGCGUGCAGCCGUCAAGGUCCUGAAGGUCGAUGCGAAGCCGAAGGCGAAGCCGUCGGGCAAGUUUCGCGUCUGCGGCCGAUCAGGCUGCUCCAAGAAGGAGACGGCCGACAUGCGGUUCCCAGAUGCGUCGAUCGCUGCGUGCGAGAGGUGCUACUACCCGUGGGAGUGGGCCUGGAAGGAGAAGCAUCCCAGCUGGCCGAAGUUUUGCCAGCAGCUCAACCAGGAGAAGACCUUGAACGACCAGUUCGAGGUGUCCGCGGAGUGCGCGGAGGACGCGCGCAACAAGGCUUUCGACGAGGAGAGCGUCGACAUCGUCUCGCGAUGCGGCUUCAGGAUGGCGCACCACUUCAGGGUUUGGAAGGAGCAGCCCUUUCGCGAGGCCACCUCCAUGCCCGCUGACGUCGAGCCCAAAGAUCUGGAUCUCAAAGCUUCAUCGAUCAAGUUCCCUUCGGGCGCUAGCGUGGAUGGAUAUGUGACGGUGAACCCUGACAAGCCCUUCGUCGACGUGGACAGGAUUGAGGAGUACUUCGUCGAGAGGCGUUCCCAGUCGCUCACCGAGGCGCGCCAUGUCCUCAGGGAUCAGGGGAAAAAGAUGUUCAAAGCCGAGAUCUCGACGCUCAAGGCCAAGAUGCCCACCGCCAUUCGCGGCAGGACCACCCCUCCGACGCUGGGGUCCAUCGCGUUUGAGGCCAAGGUGAAGAGCGACGGCAAGGGGGGCAUCCAGCCUCAGCAGCAUCCAGGCGGCGGCCCUUUCGUUAACCAGGGCAGCCGUGGGCAUGCUGCAGACAGUGCAGCGGACAGUCUCCCAGCAUCCGUGCCCGAGGACUCUGGCAGCGGCGUCGCGGCCGCGGGUCUGCAUGAUCUUACCGGAGACGCCGCGGGCCGCGGCGAGGGCGCUGGCGACAGCAAGAGCCAGACCCAGGGCGAGAAGGACCUCCAGGGGCUGCAGGUGGAUUCAUCGAAGCCUCCGAGUGGCAAGGCCGCCAGCUCCGCUGGUGGCAUGGAGGCCUUAUCGAAGCCCAGAUCGCCAGCGGCUGUCGACGAGAUGGAGAGGAUCAGGCAGCUCGAGACCGAUUGCGACAUCGCGAAGAUCUUGGAGGGCUACAAGCUCGGCGAUAGGGAGUACGCCGUCACACGCUUCAGCCCGAAGCAACCCAAUGCCAAGGAUAGGAGGGACGCGCGGAUCGAAGUCAUCGAGACGGCGAAGCAGAUUUCCACGCACAACAUGCACAACCUCAGGGGCAAUAACGAUUUGAAGACGAAGUACAUCAACGAGCUGAAGAAAAACAACGUGAAUUUCCAGAGCUGCCCGAAGUGGUGCCGCACUCUGGUUUCAGAGACCCUCCAUGCCAACUUAGACUUGGAUGCAGUGUGGGACAUCAUCAACCCGUUCGCUGAGGCGGAAGAUGGCCCUGUUAAGUUCGACCCUGCUUGCCCGAAGCUCUCGGGAGUUGCCGAUGAACUGGAUGUGACCAUCAAUAUCGCAAGGGACCACGCCUUGAACUACCUGCUCAUCCCGAUCAUCCAGAAUAAGACCGAUCAGCUGGAUACUGCCAAGGGGCUCCGAAGCACCUUGAGGGAGUGUGUUCGUGCUUCACUUGGGCUGCCACAGGAGAUCAAGAAGUUCUACAAGGACAUGCAGGUCUGCGCGGCCAUCCUGGACACGAUCUCCGACCACUCUGCGGAGGCCGUGGCCUCCAUCGAGGUCGACUUGGCUGACUUUCGGAAGAUGCUCCACGGCGACUAUGACAAGGAGUGGUCGUCGUUCGCUCGCGCUUUGGACUCGGACGAUUACUGGAGGCAGGAGAAGAUAGAGUGGCGACGCGCUUCUCAAGGUGACCUGCAGGAGAUGGAGAAUAUAACGAUGACCAGGCAGUCGCUCGAGGGCGAGGUCUCCGACGUCACGGUGUUCACCAAGACCGUAGCGUCCCUGAUGAAGUGGUUCACAAUAUGCAGGUCUUCUACUCCGACCCCCGCCAUGCAUGUUUUUUUCUCUGCGGCCGAGCAGUUCAUGGACCGUCACGCCUUGCUAACGGACGAGGAGAACGCGCCGAAGAUGGACCAGUUCAAUUCCUUGCUCACAGGCCUUCUCGAGCUCGACAACUGCUUCUCGAAGGGCGAGGCCCGUGAAGGGGUCACCAGGACUUUCGGGCCUCGGCUGCACCGCUUAGUGGAGAGGGUUCGGGAGCUGCAGUCUCAGGUGUCCAAGUCUGUCUCGUCGAGCGCGAUUUUGCAGGCCUUGCAGAAAGCGGCGGUUGUCGAGAACAUGAGCGCUCAGGCAAAGAUCGUCAAGACCGAGCUCGGGCAGUUGGGAAGCGUCAGGUUCUCCGACCCACCACACCUGAGCAUCAUAUUCAAUGCUGUGGACGCCAUGGCCGCUACCGCAUGCAAUAACAUCAAGAUGGAUACGGCGACAGAUAUCGACGACUUUCUCGUUGACGAGGUGGCCGACAUGUUGGAGCUAACCACGAAGGUGUGCGACCUAGCGGAGUGCGACGACGAGGAGCAGCGCAUCAACGGCGCUGCUCGCCGCGUGAAGCUCAUGACGAUUGUCUUGAACACGACUCGCGCCCUCAAGGAGCUGGUGCAAUUCGGAAAUGCAGCUGAGCAGGUUUCAAACACGGAGGGCACCAAAGCAUACCAGUGCCUGAAGGGCACCGUCGGGGAGCUCAAAAAGAUGUGCAGCCUGAUGGAUGACCAGCCUGGAGGGACCCACGGCAACUUCAUCAGCAUCGCUCAGAUCAAAAACAAGUUCGAGUACCUCUUGGCCACGGCGGCGGGCACGACACUGUCCUUCGAGAAUGCCGACAUCGACUCUACCCUCGCCGACGCCACCGAGUAUCAGAGCAGGUUGAAAUCCAUCGUCAGUUUUGGCAGCGUUGAUCGUGGCUGGAGGGCAGGCCUCGACGACAGUGCAGAGUGGACGGCGGUGGUCAAGCAUGCUCGCUCGACGGUCUUCGCAACGAAAGGCUUGGCGGCCAAGGUGGGCUCCGCCAUCGCGGCCCUGGAGAAAGCCAUCACCAACGUCCGCGACACCUGCAAAUCCUACGAGCAGGACGGCAAGUGCGACGAGAUCGCGAGGGCAAUGGGGGAGACGAUCCACCUGGCAAGGCUCACGCAGAUGGAGGCCGCCGCCAUCCAGAAGAUUCGCGAUAACGAGAGCUCCAGUACUGAGGUGAGGGCCACGGCCAUCCAGAACGUGCUGGACGUCCUCCCAGAGAACGGCAUCGCCCAGAACGAGUUCCACCUGGCGGUGCAGAAGAAGCUGAACGAGGCCAUGCGGGCCUGA